GAUUUCAGCCCUAAAUGCCGCACAAUGGACUUUUAUGAAUCAGCUUUCUGGAAGCAAAAUCUUGUCCUUUUUAUUCUUAAAUUGUUGAUAUUGGAUCGAAUUAAUGUGGAUUGAAUCGCUUCGAGAGAGUUGUUUUGCAGUUUGAAAAUUUCAAAUUUUCUAGAUCGAUCAUUUUUGACUGGACUGAAGUCAUUUCAAGUUGUUUCGAUAAUUUCUAGUCAGAAUUAGGGUGAUUUUUUUGGCCGAGUUGUCGACUUUUAUGAAUAAUUCUAAUUAAUCAUGUCGAAUUCUAGAAGGAAUUGAUCGGUGUAAUUUUAGUGUGUUAUUAGUGUCAUAGGUGACGGCGACGGCGAAGAACUAAAGGGGCAUGGAGGUGGCGCGAAAGAAAAGAUGGCGCUUUCUAGACUAGUAAGUGACUCAUUUCUUACUUGUUAAGGAGUUUAAAUCAAAUAAUUAAUUAAUUAAAUUUGUUUUUAAAUAAUCAUCUAAAAGAAAUGAAAUAAACUAUUAAACUACACUGAAUUCAUCAAAAAAUAAUUUUACCAUCAAACAACUUCCUUAUCGCUAAUAUAUAUAUAUAUAUAAAAAACCCUAUACCCCAAAAGUAUAUUCUACCGCCAGCAAACCUCCAACGCCUCACUCCAAACAAAGCAAUCAUGGCAAGCAAAGAACCGGAUCAGGAGCACAGAGAAGACGAGGAUGCCGCCCCCGCCGAGGAAGAAGACACCGGAGCUCAAAUCGCCCCUAUCAUCAAGCUCGAGGAAGUCGCCGUCAGCACCGGCGAGGAAAACGAAGAUCCGAUACUCGAUCUGAAGUCGAAGCUCUACCGAUUUGAUAAAGAAGGCAAUCAAUGGAAAGAGAGAGGCGCUGGUACUGUGAAGCUGUUGAAGCACAAAGAGACUGGAAAAGUUCGCCUUGUUAUGAGGCAAUCUAAGACUCUCAAGAUCUGCGCCAAUCAUUUAGUGUUGCCGACUAUGACGGUGCAGGAGCACGCAGGGAACGACAAAUCGUGCCUGUGGCACGCUUCUGACUACGCUGAUGGUGAAUUGAAAGAUGAACUGUUCUGCAUUCGUUUUGCAUCUGUGGAAAAUUGCAAAACCUUCAUGCAAAAGUUCCAAGAAGUUGCUGAAUCACAAAAACCGAAAGAGGAAAAUAAAGAUGCAUCUGCUGCUGCUGGACUGCUGGAGAAGUUGAGCGUUGAUGAAAAGAAGACCGAGGAUAAAGCUGGAGAGGAGAAAAAGGAAACAGAAGCCACAGAAAAGGCAGAUUCCGAGAAGAAAGAUGGGGAGGCAGCUUCCUCAACUUAAAAGGCUGUUGGGUUUGUUUUCCAUGCCAUGUACUUUUGGCGAAUAUGGUGAGAGUAGUCACUGGCAUAUUCCUCGGAUGGAACUAGACGUGUUAUUGGUUGGAAUGGUCUCGAGUGUUUAUGGUUUGGUUGUACCCUGGGUCAUGUUUGCAUGUUGAGAUUCAUGUUUUGCGGUCAUUCAACCGGCUUCUCCCAGUAUUAUACUAUCAUGCUGAAUUUUUCUUUAUGCUCAUUCCAUGCAUUGACAAAGAAUAAACAAGGUGUUUUUUUUUGGGGGUUGGGGGGGUUGUUUAGUUAUUUGAAAUUUGGAUCUUUGUGUCUUGAGAAUAGAGUUUGGGUGACAAGAAAUUUGGUUUGCCUGAAGUUGGCUAAAAGUCGGAUGCUAGUUUUAGCUAAACUUCUGAUAUAUGGAUUUAAGAAAUGAUUACGAAA